CCGAGCCGAGCGCACGUCGCCGCGCACGCAGCUGCCGCAAUGAUGCGGCGCGGGUCAAUGGCCAUACCCGGCGGGGGCGAGCCGUUGAUCGUGGUAGAAGAAAGCGGCGCCGAGGAAGCCGAAGCUCAGCUCUCAUACGAACCACCCCGGGGCUUCUCCAUAGACCAAGAGUCGCCCCCAGACCCCUACCACCUGUCCCCAUGGCGGGACACUCGCAAACAUUCCCUGCCCACCCCUUCUUGCACCACCGGACCUACAGCCAGCCAGGUUCGACGGCUAUCAGAGCGCGGUGAGGGCGCAGUUCGAGAGGCUCGCGAGGCUGCCUUUCUGGCCACACUGAGCCAGGCCCCACCACAACCAGGCGGCCGCAGACAUUCCGUGGUGACAAUAUCCCGAGUGCCACAAGCUCUCUUCGGGCGCGGACGUCGCGAGUCCAUCGCAGCGUUCCCCGCUCUAGCCCGCAGUCGCAGGGACUCCGGCUCUAAGAAAUGUCUACCAGCAACUGAGACGCUUGGCAGCACCCACAAUCUUCAGCUCGAUAUAAUGGACGACAUCGUGCAAGCUCGCAAAGUGAGGAUGCGGCUGUGGAAUACAUCCAACGAGCGCGUGUGCGAGGUGCAGCCGCUGGACGAACGGUCGCCGGUGGGUGGCUCCGUGCGGUACACGAACCGCGGUCGCCGGCAUUCGGACUUCGUGGGUGCACCGCUACCGCCGAUCCCGGCGCGACGCCGCGCCUCCGAGAUGCCGCCGCCGCCGCCCAUACCACCGCGAGCCGGCGCCGCCGCGGCCGGUGGGCCCGGCGUCGUCUGCACCGACACCGACCUGCAGCACAUGCUCAACGCGCUCACCUCCUCCGCAACGGAGAUAGACCGCUGCGGCCGCCCCGAGCGCGCGCCGCGCCGCCUCGCCGACAUGCGCUCCAGCAGCUUCGAUGCCUCCACCCUGCGCGACAAAUCCGCCGACUCCGGCGCAACGUGGUUCGCUCGACGACACCAAACGCUAGCUACCAAGAAGAAAGAGAACGAGCCCAAAAAGAGUAAAGUGACGUUCGCUCCGGAUUCGAAACCAGCAUCCGGCGACACGGCGGCCGUGGUCUGGGAUAAACCGACGGGUUCUGUCGUAGAUGCUAGUGCACUGGGUAGUGCUAUAGAAGUUUUUCUAAGGAAAAGUGGCACCGCUGACGGGGGCCCGUCGACGUCCGGCACAAGCAAGCCCAAGGAAGCGAACAAAGGACCGGCGACGGGACCGGUGGCGGGGCCCACCGAGCGCUGGAGCCGCCCCGAUGACGAGGAGGCUGCCUCGGGCUGCGACGCCACGCUCUGUUCCUCUCUGAAGGAUCUUUUCGUGUAGGCAUAUUUCUCUUGUAAAUGAAUAGUUGUCGAUAAGAUUCGUUUCUCAAGGAAUGAGGUACCAGGCGUACCUUUGUACUUUAUGAAUCUUUCAAUGUGAUAGUUGCGCGCCGGCGCCGGUCGUCCCGAGUCGACUCACGACCGACGCCUGCACUGCGUGAAAUUAUUUUUAGAGUGAAUUCUAUUUUCAUUGUAAAUUUUUUGAUAUUAGUGAUCAAAGUAUUGACUUACUGUUAGAUAGAAAAUUAUAUUCGUGAUUAAGGGCGCGCGCUUUCCGCCGUGGCCGGCUUCCCCCGCGCGUCCCACCCCGCCCCGUCUCGUUGACAAUCUGUCUUGUAAUCCAGUGUUCCCAUUCAAACAUUAAACUUUAUAAUAUAACAGACAUUACGGUGGAGACGUUGGGAGAAACGUACGCUUAA